AUGGCAGCCAAACGACCGGGACUUAUGCAAGUCUCGGUCUCACGAAGUGUCGAGGAGAAGCAAAUCAUCCCUGCUUACCGCACCAGUCUCGCACGUCGAGCCAAAGAACUCGCCACUUAUCGUAAGCAUCUUUACGCUGAUGCCGAGGGUGUAUUUUUUGGGAUCAUGACCCGAAUCUCACCAUUCGUGAUUGCGGUGCCAGACCCCUUGUUCUCGAAGCUUGAACAGCUACACAUUUUGCUUGGUCGUGUCUUUAUCGAUGUCGUGGACAGAUGGUUCACCGAUGAGAACGCUCGGUUCCCGGAGCGCAUGCCCUUGGAUCCUUCCGAAGAAGCUCUUUUGAGAUGGGUGUCUUCAAGCGAGUGCGUUCCGGAUUAUCCUGACCAUGGAGGAAUUUGGCGCAGUGAUCUGCUGUUUGGACGUAGCCCAGAUGGCAUGGACGAUGAGUCACCUUAUGUCUGCGAGAUCAACGGAAGACUACCUCUUAAUGCCGUCACAGGCAUUGCUUUAGGUGAAAAUGGGCUCAAGGAACUGGGCGCUAGUAAGGGGGGUCUUGAGACGGUCAACACCAUGGAGGAAUCUUAUAACCGCAUUAUGUCUAUGUUCAACCCCGACAAGCCUCUCUUCUGCAUCCGAGACAAAUGGCCUGGUGCGGACUCUCGGGUUCUUUCUGCCAUCCAUGCUGUGCGAGGAAAGCAACCCAUCGAAGCUGCUCGUCCUCAAGACUUGGAGGCUCGCCCGGACGAGUCCUCGCCUACAGGGUUCACUCUGUGGGAUAAAGCUACCAAUACGCACUUGGAGCAAUGGUUUGUUGAGAUGUUGCAGGAGGAAUAUGCACAGUUGGAUGAGACUGUGCUCCGCCAACUGUCUCUCACACCUCUCAACGACCCUCGCACUGUUUUUAUUGUACAUGAUAAGCGACUUCUGGGCAUCAUUCCAGAAGAGCUUCCAGGGAUGGUAUCGCGGGGUGUCCUCACACCGGAGGAGGCUGAUCUUGUAGCCUCUGGGAUAAUCCAGACCAUUAAUCCCGGUAGUGAAGGAAUGCGAAGCCUGCUACGCGAAUCAAUUGCCGAUGAAAAUGUCAGGAAGGAUUACAUUUACAAGCCAUGCCGAGAUGGGAUGGGCCACGGCAUCUUACUCGGUCGAAACCUCACACAAGAAGCCUGGAUUGAACGUCUAGAAAAGCUUGCAAAUCCCGAUGUUCUUCGCCCACACGACGACGCAGCUGUUAUCCAAAGACUUGUUGAGCACAAGUGGUUCGACAUAGUACGCCAUGAGGUUCCGACCGAUGAUGGAACAAAGCCGAACAAGUUCCAUCUCAUUGGGUCCAUGUUCAUGUUUCAUAAUCAGAGUUUCUACCCAGGAACCUGGCGUAUGGGACUGGAAACUCACCUUGGUAUUACCGAAGACAAGGCCGGACUUGUCAUGGCGAUGGUGCAUCCGCCAGACUGGCCAGUUGGUGACGACCAGGAAGAGGAGCCUUGA